AUGUCAUCUCCUUCUAAUUUCAAGAGUGGAAGAGAAGCUUUCCGUCAUUGGCAACGCAAUGCUCUUGACAAGCCCAAUUCUCCAGUCAGAUCAGAUGAUGUCAACACCACAUCGAACAUUCAAAACUCAGCUGGUACCAAGCAACUUCCAGGCUUUUCGGAGGUGAUGGAACAAUUGACGGCAUCCCAAGUCCAAGACCAACGCAACCGUCACGAUGCCAACUGUCAGUCAUCCCGGGUACCAAAACGUUUGAGAGAUGUUUCCGACUUCGAUCUUCCGCAACUACAUAUCACCAAAAAGAAGCAUACAAUGGAGGCAAAUUUUGGGGAUGGAGCUACUAGCUCUGCCCAACCAGAUUCCCAAGCAACGGAGGCGACAUCGCCAUACGAUCGAGGAUCAUCACCACUUUCUGAUUCGGAGCUUAUUCGGAUUUCUGAAGAAAUGGAAGUUGAGAAAGAGAUCGCGCAAGCAGAUAAGGAAAAGCUCGAAGUUAUGACUAGAGCAGAAAUCCAUACUCCCACGGAGAACGACAAAGUCGUCACUCCGUCUUUUCGUGCCUGCGAGCCUGAACACCAACCACCAGUCAAUACGCCUACUCAGCCCGCUGUCAUUACUGGUCACCUUGGCAACGAACCCUUUCCAGACUUCGAUGAGUCGAUGGAAAAUAAUCUUCGAAAUAAAGCGUUGUCUGGAACUCCUCAGCCAGGUGUCAAUCAUUUCAUGAAUGUACCAGACUACAAAAGUACAAGAGUUUCAGUCACACGUCCCGAAGUGCAAUGGAUAUUGUCGAAGUCAAAAGCUGAAUUUGAGUCCAGCGGUAGCCCUGUUGCAGCAGCACUCAACUCUAAGAUUCUAGCAGCAGUGAAAAAUACGGCGACAUCUCAUAAACCUAUCCCGUUUGUUCCUGGUAUUUCGAUGGUAGAUCGGCAGGGGAUGCAACCACGUGUCUAUGAGGCGUCUGGACCAGAUUCAAGCUAUGAGGAGGAAAUCUGGGGGGAUUCAACUUCUGCGCUAGAUGGACCGACAAUGCACGAAUCACGAAAUCUGAACAGGAUUAUGUUGCAGCUGAAUGCUCCUGCAGCUCCUUCCACCGGGCUCUUCGAUUUUUUCAACUUCGCCCCGCCAUCUUUUGUCCAAAUGCACCAACGGCAACUGUCUUAUCAACCAAACAUGGUCAAUUAUUCGGCUGCACCACACUACCCCGAUUCUUCUUGUUUCUUUCAGGCCUCAAUGCCGAUCUCUGAAAGUGCAGAGCGAUAUACACUGCAGAACAGAGAAUUCGGUGUUGCUCAUAAUCCAUUCCAUCCGCCUCAAGUUCAUGGUUCUGAACAUUGGGUCAGCCCUGAAUACCGUCAAGAACUCGAAGUCCGACCACCUGCUCCUCGGGACUUUCAGUUUUUGAGCCAGUCUCAACGUACUGAAACCUCAAGCGGAUGGCAUGGGCCCCGUUUUCUCACUGACGAUCAUCAUAAUCACUUUCCCGAGCAUUAUUUUGGAGGUCAUCAGAUGUUACCCAAUUCUCUCAUGACAGAAUCGGCACCUCCUCAAAAUUCACGAGAACGUCCAUGUUCUCCGGAAUAUUCCCCAAAAAGCCCCGCAUUCAGUCCACGCGUCGAUGAUCGAGCUACACCUCAUGAAGGUGAAGCUUCGGGAAAUACGAAUCCGUCGUGGUAUGGAGAUAAUUCACAAGCACAAGAGGAGCAACCGUAUUCUCCAAGUUCCCCGUCAUUGAGUUCACGCGUCAAUGAUCGGGACACAUCAUAUGAAGGCGAAGCUUUGAGAACCACAGAUCCGUCAUGGGUUGCAGAAAAUUCACAUGCACGACAGGGUCAACCACAUUUUCCAGUAUAUCCUCCAAGAUUCUUGUUAUAUAGCUCAAGCGAUUGUUAUCAUCUAGGCACGCCCUAUGAAGGUGAGGCUUCGAGAAACUCAGGAUCGUUGUGGCCUGGAGACAAUUCACAUGCACGACAGGAGCAAAUAGCAGAACCAGUAUUCCCCAGCCACGAUAUUGAUAUUCAGGCUGGCUCUCGAGAGGACCGCUUUAAAGUUGGUGCAUUCAAUCACAGAUUUAGAGAGGAAUUGCUUCCUGAACAGGAACAAAAUCGAAGAUCUACGGGGAACGCUAUUCCGGUUCGUUGGGCCACGGAUGAGGAGAUUAGGUGGGGAAAAAAGGGGGUUACCCAAGAGAAUAUUUCACGGAAUGAGAUGGCAAGAGAGGAGAUUGCACAAGAUGAAGUAUUGAAGGAGAAGACUUUGCGGGACGAUAUUCAACAAGCGGAGACCUUGCGGGAGAAAACGACUCACCCGGAAGCUAGAAAGAUGAACCCGUCAUUGAUGAAUAUGUUCUUCAGUACUCAUUCACCGCAGAUACCAAGUACGAAUGAUCCUGGUAGGGAAGAUAAAAGUACCGAUGGAGAAAGCACCGGCAGCGAAAGUGGCAGCGAGAGCGACAGCAACAGCGACAACAAUAGCAGCGACGAUAAUAACGAUACUGCUGACAAUUAUGGCGAUGAUGAGGCCGGAGAGUCUGAUACGCAAGAAGAAACUGACCGCGAGGACAUGGAGGAGCGUGAGGACAGUGUUUCCGAAGUCAGCUCAUGCACACUUGAUCACGAAGAAGGGCCCGAGACUGAAGUUGAGGAUGAUUCUAUGGAAGUGGAUGUUCUUGGAUCCGAGGAUGAGUAUGACAUGGAUAUCUAUGACUUGGAUCCCGUAGAUGAGGAGUAUUGA